CGCAUGCGCAGAGCCUUCGUUUCUGCGCGCUUUCCCGCGCCCCCGCCCCUCUCUGUCUUCUCUACCCUGGGAGCAGCUCUCCUGCCUUGGCCCCUCACCCCUGAAAAUGUAUGCCUGCUCCAAGUUCAUCUCCACCCGCUCCUUGAUCAGGAGCACCUCUCAGCUGCUGAGUCGUCCCCUGUCUGCAGUGGAGUUGAACCGACCACAGACUUGGACAGAUGAGGGCUUCAGCAGCUUGGCAGCCCCUCGUCCUCUGACCUCACUCAUCCCUAGCCGCAGCUUCCAAACCAGCGUCAUUUCCAGGGACAUUGACACAGCCGCCAAGUUCAUUGGGGCUGGGGCUGCUACAGUUGGGGUGGCUGGCUCUGGGGCUGGCAUUGGAACUGUUUUUGGGAGCCUCAUCAUUGGUUAUGCCAGGAACCCUUCUCUGAAGCAGCAGCUCUUCUCCUACGCGAUUCUGGGCUUUGCCCUCUCAGAAGCCAUGGGGCUCUUCUGCCUGAUGGUGGCCUUUCUCAUUCUCUUCGCCAUGUGAAGCAGCUGUCUCCACUUCCACCUCCCAUAGUUCUUUCGUGUCUGGUCUGCCCUGUAUGUUCCUUUUCCUGUACCUCCCCAGGAAGUCUGGGGAAAGUGUUUGGCUCAGGGUUUGACAGAGAGAAGACAAAUAAAUACUGUAUUAAUAAGAUGUUU